AAAAAUAAUUCAUUUUCAUUUCAAAAGACCCAGUGACCGAAACACAAAAAAAUUCGCAACAACAAAAGUGCAGUGACCCAACAAUUAAAAGCAAAUGAAAUAGAGAAAAGUGCGAAAAAAGGGUUGGUUACACACAACCGUACAUACAUACACGUAUGGACGGACGGCCAACACAAAAAUAUCAAAACACAUAAAAGAUCAGUUUUGGCAAUUUAUUAAAAACAAAAUAAUACACAAAUCACAAAUUAAAAAAUAUAUAGCGGCUCUCAGUGUUCUUCGUUUGGUUGUGGCAUUUAUUUUAUUGAAAAUUUGAUAAAAUAUUCCAACCAAAUGAAGAUCAAAACGAAAUAACAAAAGAAAAUAAUAACCAAAUUGCAAAGUGACAAUUAAAGUACAUAAAGACUCAAAUAAAACAAAACCUAAUUAAAUUAACAGGGUGACCCGUGUAAAAAUAAAAAUAAUUAAUUAAAUUUUAAUGUGCAAAAAAUUGACCCCAAAAUCAUUAGAAGUUGUGUAUUUUAACUUAAAAAACAAAUUAGAGUGUUAAAACAGAAUUAUGGGUUGCUCGAUAAAUUUGUAAAUUUUAUCCCAAACUAAUUCUUUCUUUUUCUAUCAAACAUAAAAUAUUGUGCAUUUUCAAAAAACCCCAACAAAAUCAAAUUCGUGCGUUCCGUGUAAAAACACAAAAACAAAAAAUCUACGCUCUGGGAUAAAAACGGAAAAACCCGCUACAACGGUUAAAUUCCCAAAACUUCAUCAAAUCAAAAACACUAAAACAACAAAAUCCAAGACUCUAACGACACAAAGCUACAAAAAUUGCAAAAGGCGCCAACACACAAUUCUGGACCCAAGCCAAGCGCCCACCUACACACACACACAUACACACACAUCAAAAAAGAAGCUUCAAAAUAAUGGCCGGAUAUUUACCUCGCCCAGAGUCCCCACGACCCGCCAGACCCACACGCCCUCGCUUCGACCCACGGGAACCCAGGUAUCGCCCCGCAUCUUGGCAGUAUGCCUGUGGCCUCUGCCAGGAGGACCACGCCAUACGGUCAUGCCCGCGGUUCCGGCAAAUGACACCGUAUCAGAGAUACGAGACAGUUGAGAGACGGAGUUACUGUCGGAACUGUCUGGCGCGCAGCCAUCUGGCCCCAGACUGCCCCGUGGUCACUGCCUGCCGAACAUGCGACUACCGCCAUCACACAAUGCUGCAUGGAGCCCCACAGCUUAGGAAGACAUACGGCAGCUACAGCCCGCCCCCAAUGGAGAUUGCCAACCCACGGCAACUUGCAAUCGAACCAGCCAACCAGAUGCCCAUCGUCCAAGGCCCUCCCCCGGUCGAGAUACCUUACAGCCGGGCCACUGUUUUUGUACCCACGGCGAUGGUGGAAUUGGCACCCGAGGAGCAGGACGAUUGGGCUGGGGUACGGGUACUUUUGUGCCAGGCAUCGACCAUCACCCGAAUCGCGGCAGCCACAGUAACUCGCCUGGGGAUACCAACGAGAGAGCGCAGAGGGCACCGUCUGGCAACAAUAAGACUUCGGUCAAGGCAUGCGUCGAGGAGGACCAUGUAUACCAUCCGGGCAGUGGUGACCCGGGAUUUGCCGCGACGACCCUAUUCAGAUCCCAUCAUUCCCGACCCCACAAGCAGCCUAAGAUCCCUUUCUUUGGCAGAUGCUGACCCUAGGGGCAACGAACCAAUCGAUGUAGAGGUAGGGGCCGAUGCCUACGCCCACCUCCGGAGGAGUGGUGUUGUACAACCCGGAUUGGGAGCCGUCUUCGCCCAGGAGACAGAUUGGGGAUACGUGUUCGUCGGCCCAGUCACCUCACAGGCAAGAAACCAAAAUUAAAAAGGUAAGAUGUCACUUCGUCACUUGGAGGGGGAGAAUGUUCAAAGUACGUUUGAACAUGAAGUCAUGUGCACCCAUGUGCAGACAUGCGUUCACGUAUGCACAUGACCCACUGUGCAUAACGGUACAUUGAAGUAAGUUCUUAAUCGCUGAUUCCGCCUUGACUUCAUAUUUGUUUACCUGGAAUUGUUGCUUGUAGCUUGGAAAGUUGACCGUUUUCGCGGGGUCCAAGUGACAAGCAACAACCAGAAAAAGAUCAGUCUCGUUUUAAAUCUCAAACCCGCGCAUCGUAUUCUCUCCCCCUCAAAGUGAAAACCCAAGUGAAGUGAAAAGUAAAAAGUGAACAUACAUACAAACAUAUAUAACUAGAGUGAACAUUGCAACAAUAAACUUUGAAACAGUGAACUAAUAUAUUUAACAUUUUAGAUACAAAGUGACACAAUAACAACCGACUCAAA